AUUACUUUCUAAAUUCUCUGCUAACAGAACCGGCUUCAGCUGAAGAAAAAGAGGAAUGAAGCGCCUUCUGCUUCUAUUUUUGUUCUUUAUAACAUUUUCUUCUGCAUUUCCCACAGUCCGAAUGAUGGAAAAUGAAGAAAACACGCAACUGGCUCAGGCAUAUCUCAACCAGUUCUACUCUCUUGAAAUAGAAGGGAAUCAUCUUGUUCAAAGCAAGAACAGGAGUCUCAUAGAUGACAAAAUUCGGGAAAUGCAAGCAUUUUUUGGAUUGACAGUGACUGGAAAACUGGACUCAAACACCCUUGAGAUCAUGAAGACACCCAGGUGUGGGGUGCCUGAUGUGGGCCAGUAUGGCUACACCCUUCCUGGGUGGAGAAAAUACAACCUCACCUACAGAAUAAUAAACUAUACUCCAGAUAUGGCACGAACUGCUGUGGAUGAGGCUAUCCAAGAAGGUUUAGAAGUGUGGAGCAAAGUUACUCCACUACAAUUCACCAAGAUUUCAAAGGGGAUUGCAGACAUCAUGAUUGCCUUCAGGACUCGAGUCCAUGGUCGGUGUCCUCGCUAUUUUGAUGGUCCCCUGGGAGUGCUUGGCCAUGCCUUUCCUCCUGGUCCGGGUCUGGGUGGUGACACUCAUUUUGAUGAGGAUGAAAACUGGACCAAGGAUGGAGCAGGAUUCAACUUGUUUCUUGUGGCUGCUCAUGAAUUUGGUCAUGCACUGGGGCUCUCUCACUCCAGUGAUCAAACAGCCUUGAUGUUCCCAAAUUAUGUCUCCCUGGAUCCCAGAAAAUACCCACUUUCUCAGGAUGAUAUCAAUGGAAUCCAAUCCAUCUAUGGAGGUCUGCCUAAGGUACCUGCUAAGCCAAAGGAACCCACUAUACCCCAUGCCUGUGACCCUGAGUUGACUUUUGAUGCUAUCACCACUUUCCGCAGAGAAGUAAUGUUCUUUAAAGGCAGGCACCUAUGGAGAAUCUAUUAUGAUAUCACGGAUGUUGAGUUUGAAUUAAUUGCUUCAUUCUGGCCAUCUCUGCCAGCUGAUCUGCAAGCUGCAUAUGAGAACCCCAGAGAUAAGAUUCUGGUUUUCAAAGAUGAAAACUUCUGGAUGAUCAGAGGAUAUGCUAUCUUGCCAGAUUAUCCCAAAUCCAUCCAUACAUUAGGUUUUCCAGGACGUGUGAAGAAAGUAGAUGCAGCCGUCUGUGAUAAGACCACAAGAAAAACCUACUUCUUUGUGGGUAUUUGGUGCUGGAGGUUUGAUGAAAUGACCCAAACCAUGGACAAAGGGUUCCCGCAGAGGGUGGUAAAACACUUUCCUGGAAUCAGUAUCCGUGUUGAUGCUGCUUUCCAGUACAAAGGAUUCUUCUAUUUCAGCCGUGGAUCAAAGCAAUUUGAAUAUGACAUUAAGACAAAGAAUAUUACCCGAAUCAUGAGAACUAAUACUUGGUUUCAAUGCAAAGAACCAUUAAACUCAUCAUUUGGUUUUGAUAUCAACAAGGAAAAAGCACAUUCAGGAGGUGUAAAGAUAUCGCAUCAUAAGAGUUUAAGCUUGUUUAUUUUAAGUAUUGUUCAUUUGCUGAAAAACACUAUUUAUCAAUAAAUUCAUAGACCUAAAAUAAACCUCAACAGGUCUUUUAAUAUAAAUUCUGCUUCAAAAUAGAAUAGAACCAUUAUUUAACAA